GCCGCGUUCGCGCAGUUCUCACUGUGCGUAUAGCGACGGUGUAGGCGGAGCUGGUUUUUUGGAGAGUGUUUUUUUCUCCGUCGCACAAAGCAUUUUUGUCAACUCGCUUGUUGAAAAACUCGGUAUAUCCAUCUUUUUUGUUGAAAAACUCACCACCUUCAACAUUCAUCAUGGCUGCUCCCCCGUCGGGCGGCGCAGCAGGAGGUGAGGGUCAACCAGUCGACCCAACCGACCCCGACGCCCCCAAGGUCCUGGACGAAACCCACCAGCACAUUGACGAUGCCACCCGGCACAUGAAGCAAAAGCUCGCGAUCGUGAUGCAGGGCGGAAAAGAGGAAGACGAGCAACACGAAGACGACCACCCAACGGACAGCGCGCGCUCUGGCUCGGAUGUCGAGGCGAACAGAACGGCGAAGAAGCCGCUGCUCGGGAGUUUUGAGGACCGGCACGGAAUCGACAACGGGGACGAGGAUGACAGCGAUGAUGAAGACAACGACGCAGCUCACGACCGGGAUUACCACACGCUGCUGCAGUUAGCGCAAUCACAACUAGCCGCAGAGGUGGUGUUGAGCGGUAUAAUCUUUAUGUUGAAUGUUGAGCUUGAGCUUUUUUUGCAAACCUGCAUGCCAGAUGCGCGUGACGAAACAGCAUAUGCUUUAUUCGACGAAAAAAACAAAAAUAAUUUAUCAAAUUUAUGUACUUACUGUACUAUCAGCCGAAUCUGCAGCCUCCCCUUCGCAAGACGACGAACCUGAGCUCCCAACCUCGCCAAGCUCUCCCUCUCCGUCAGCUGCAGCUCCAAAAGCAUCAGCCAGUGGGGCUGCGAAGCAGGCGGGCUCACAAAGUGCGGCGAAGAGAACAAAAUCGAAGAGGCCUGAGUACGAACAGGCGAUGGAAAGGGUUGACUCGCUGAAGCAGCUCGCGGGCGCGAGCCCGCAAAUAGCGAACAUCCUCGGGGCGGAGGGAGCGCAACAGCCCAUGAGCAAAGUGGAAGCCAUGGCCGUGGCGGCACGAAUGAAAAAGCGACUUGCGGCCGAAUGUGAAAGCACGAUGGAUUCCGCGGAGGGGUUGUCGUUGGCAGAGAAGAUGGCACUGCAGAAUCGGAUUUUCAGGUUGCGGAAUGAUUACGAUCUGGCGGGGAGCUGAGCAGCGGCUUCGUCGGGUGCGCCGAAUCUUUUGAGUUUGACAUAGUGCGUUGUAUUAUGUGGCUAGUACUAGCUGCGAGAUCGAGAUGAAUUUCUUGGUUUUACUUGUUACAACAACGCUCGCUCGUUUGUUUUUGCAGAGUAGGGUGGAAAAGGAGUGCGCAAUCGUGUACAAUUUUUGGCUUCGCGUUGAAGAAGCGAUGUAAAAUUUUUGUGAUUUGACUAGUGUCAAUGAAUUAAAUGGGAUCUUCUGCGAAGGCUGCAACGACCCACCGUAGAGAUGGAGAAAACUUGUCCGACGACGGUGGUGCAAGAGGGCUUUGUUAGGACACUCGGCGUUCUUAACCAAGUCGAAGCUAACCUCAUCAGAUAUGCCACAGCACCAGC